AUGCGGGGUAAUCGCCUUGCGAGGCGCGGGGAUCCAAUGAAGACCCGUUCCCAGCGCCGCAAGGAGCGCCGCGAGAGGAUUAGUAGGACGAAUCGAGCCCAGCGAGAAAAGAAGCGUGUCGCUCGAUUCACCGCGCGGAAAUGCAUGAGGGAAGAGGACCAACAUAUGACGGCCAUUAUGGAGUCGUACGCCAGGCGUCGCAAGGCGGAGCGGGAUGCUGAACGAGCGGCACGACAAAAAGAAGAAACGGAAGGGUGGGAGGCUGUCUCGCAUCCAGGUGGAAAGGCGGUGGGGCAGAUUUCAACAGCGACGACGAAGAGCCCGCUGCGGCACCACCCAGUGCGAGCUGUGCCAUCCACUCAAAAAAGGGUGGUGGUGCGUGGGCAACCGAAGGUGUUAACACGCUCAUUGUACUAA